AUGCCUCCAAUCACAGGUUCCAACAUCCUCGUAAUUGGCGGCUACUGGCCGCCGCCGAGAGGGAUGUUCACGUCUCGGUUGCCUCGUCCAAUCUCGCCGGUGUGGAAAAGACGGUCCAAAAUCGAUAUUGCCGUGCCGAAUGCCCAGAUCGAGGGUUACACGGUUGAUGUCAGUGUGGAUGAUGCCGAGUCUCGACUCGAGAAACUAUUUGCGGAGGUGACGACAGCAAAGGGCCGGCCCCUCGACCACAUCGUCUAUACCCGCCGUUAA